CUCACCAGACCUGGCAACACGGUUAAGCUAGCAGAGCAGCACAGAUUCGUUUCGACGGAGGUUUUUCAAAAAAAUGUCUAAAGUUGAGUUAAUGAGAGAGUUAGUGAGUCAGCGUUUAGCUGCAGCCGCCGAAGACAUCUAUAUUCUGUUUGAGAGAACCUUUGUAGAAUAUGAGCAAGAACUUAAGCGGUCAAAAGAGGAGAACAGCCGACAGCAUAAACUGCUACAAGCUGUUUUUGGUCAGUUUCAAGUACAAGUAGCAGAUGAACAGCAGGUGGUGUUGGUGGGCAAACAACCUGAGAUUCCUCCUGAGCAGCCGGACUGCAUCGUAUGUGUGGAUGUGGAGGAUGCACAGUCCUUACAGAUGAAGGAAAAACAGCUCGAACCUGGGAUGAGUCUGCAGCAAGCACGGCUUCAGAGUCUGGAUGAGGCUGAUAUCCUGAAGACGCCGUUUCCGCCUGUUCAUGUGGAGAGUGGAAAUGAUGGCGAGAAGCCUCAGUCCUCCCAGCUUCAUCACAUCCGAGCAGAGUUUGCAGAUGAGUCUUUGUCCAACAUCUUAACUGAGCAUGUGGAAGCAGAAAUUGAUGGACAGUCGUGUGGAGGAUCAGAAAUCGGCAACCCGGAUCUAGAGAGUCAUUUCCAGCUGCGCCCCGGUGACAGCAGUACAAACCCAUCUGAAUCGGAGACUGAAGACAGUGAUGACUGGAUCGAGACCAGCAAGCGGGAACCAGGUUUGAACUGUCCAAAAAAUGACGAAGUCUCUGUCAAUGAUACUGAAACCAAAACCUCAGAGAACCCAUUUAGCGGCUCUGUUAUCGAUGAAGAACAGGGCCAUAUGACAGGAUUUUUGAGAAGUCACACAGGGAAGAAGAAACCAUUUAUCUGUUUUAAGUGUGGGAGGCGAUUUAGCCAAGAGGGCACUCUGAACAUACACAUGAUGAGUCACAGUGAAGAGAAUCCGUUUAGCUGCAAAGUCUGCAUGAAAAUCUACAGCUCCAAGAGCCACCUGAAGAGACACAUGGCAGUUCACACAGGAGAGAAACCAUUCAGCUGCUCCGUGUGUAACACGAGGUUCACACAAAAAAGCAGUCUGAACACACACAUGAAAAUCCACACAGGAGAGAAACCGUUUAGCUGCUCUAAGUGUAGUAAGCAGUUUAGCGAGAGGAGGAGUCUGGAGAAACACAUGCUUACUCACCUUGGCACAGGCGAGAAGCCUUUUAGCUGCUUUAAAUGUGGGAGGCGAUUUCGGCAAAAGGGCACUCUGAAUGUACAUAUGAUGAGUCACAGUGCAGAGAAACCAUACUGCUGCACAGUGUGUGAUAAAGGAUUUGGCUCUAUGAGCCAUCUAAAAAGACACAUGACAAUUCAUGAGUAAUAAAUUAGGAGAUAAGUCAUUUAUCCAUUCGUGAGUGUGGACAGAUUUGGCUUUCUGAUGAGAAACCACUUAGUUGUUCAGUUUGUGCUACACGGCCAUACAGGACAUUCAGCUGUUGAGUUCAUAAGAAACGUUUUUCUUGAUGCAAAAAAAAAAAAAGAAAAACAUUUUAAAUUUCACAAGACUCUGCACGGAAGAUCUUUAUUGUUGCGAAAUUUGUGGUAACAGUUUAACAAAAAAAUAUAAUCUGAGACACUUGGCAUUCCACAGAGGAU